AAGCGAACAGGUAUUCAGAAGUCCAAAGAAACUGCAUUUACUCCAUUAACUUGGCUUUUUUCAUUCUUUUCUUCUUUUCGUCAUGGAUUCUUCUUUUUUUCAUUUCUUUCAUUUGUGUCACGGUCCUUUUCCUUGGGUUUUGUUGCUCGAUCUUUUGUAAUUUGAUGUCUUUUACUCGAUUUCUAUUCUUCGAUUCCUUUUGCUCGAUUUGUUUUCUCGGUAACCUGUAUUUGUUGCUUUUUGCUUCCCCCUCUGCUUUCCUUCCGAGUUCGGCCUUUUUUUGGCGAGAGGGUGCUCACACCACCUGCAAAACCCGUGCCCACCUUCGCCAGAUAGUUUCCUCAAAGGGCUGCUGUGUCCGGCAAACGCCAGUACGUCUUGGCACGCGCGCGCGGGUUGCGCAACAUUUUCUAAUUUUUAUCGAUUUUUAGGGAAAAAUAGGAGGAUAGAAAACUAUAUACAGCUAUAUCAACCAAACCACAACAUACGCG